CAAUGAUAAUGGUUUUCACAAUUUAGUUUAAUUUGAAUUAAUCUAUAGUACUUGUACUAUUUUCAAAGCGCUCGCAUAUCAAGCAUCACAAGUAGCCAGAGUAUAAAAUAACUACCCCCCAAGAAAAAGCUUGCCGAGCCCAACUACAAGGGAUGGUAGCAGUUAAAGCCUUCACACUCAAAACAAUAUUCAAAGAAACACGGAAAGAUAGACAAAAGAAGUGAAAAAGACUAGUCUUUAUUAGACAACUACUGGUUUUGGCCUUCUUUCGCAAGCUUUUCAAUCUUCCAAAUGAUAAAAGUUUAAACACUCUUCUGUAGAAUCAUUACUUAAAUUUGAAUGGUAGCACAGAAGGUAAUUGUAGUCGUUGAGGAUGUCGACGCAGCUCGGUCCGCUCUCCGGUGGGCCAUUCGAAAUCUCUUCCGCAACGGCGAUCUGAUCACUCUACUUCAUGUGUACCCGUCUUCGCGAUCGAGAAAUAAACAGAAGUUGAGGACACAAAGAUUGAAUGGCUUCCAAUUGGCUUUAUCGUUUAAGGAACUUUGCAUAGGAUUCCCUGAGGUGAAGGUGGAGAUCAUCGUCACCGAGGGCGAUCAAGGGGCCACGAUCGCAUCCCUAGUAAAAGAAACCGGAGCUUCGACACUGGUUGUUGGACUCCAUGAGAAGAGUUUCAUUUACAGAUCAGCGGCGGCCCACAGCUGCAUCAAUGACCUCAAUUGCCGACUACUUGCUGUGAAGCCGACAUCAGCGGCGUUCGAUGGCACUCCAAAUGCAGAAUUCUCACAGAUUGAGACAGUGAGUCUAUGUGCUUCACAGCCAAAAACCCCAUGCCAAAGCUUCCCAAGCUCUCUAGGCAUGAUAUGGAGAUCAAGGAGGAGAAAGGGGAGCACAUGAAGGAAAUAUACACCUCCAAUUGAUUUCAUUGGAACGGUUCCGGGCCCACGGUCCACCGUUUACGACCGGUCGAUUGGUCUGGUCUUAGUUGGUCCACUGUCAGAUCAUUUCAUUUUAUCAUCCAACCUCUCCGAUUCACUAACAUUACAUGCCUAAUAUUGUAAUACGUGUUUACCAAAAAUCUACGACGAUUUGCGGGUGCUGCGGGCCCAUGUGAUCAGACCAUAUAUGUGUCGAUUCAUGAUCGAUGGUUGGAUCAUGAUAUCAGAGAAGGAAAAUUUUAUGGUGGAUUUAGGUGGCAUUGAUGUCAUUAUGGUGUAUGCUCUUUGAUAAUUAAGAUUAGUAUAUGAUUUAAGGGGCCGGCCACGGCCAACUGCUCAUUAAUUUUUACAAUGGCCUAUGUCACUUUCUGCUGUAUUCAAUGUUGGGUGGCCCACCUAAUGGGAUUGAAAGGGAUUCUGAAGAUUGAUAUUUGAACAGCCUUUUAUCCGUCUUGAGGAUUGAAA